AUGAAUGCCGAGCCGCCAUCCCAAGUGGUGCAGAACUACCACCUUGACUGCCAGGCUGCUGUCAACAACCAGAUCAACCUGGAGCUCUAUGCCUCCUACACGUACCAGUCCAUGGCCUUCUACUUCGACCGGAAAGAUGUGGCCUUCAAGCGCGUUGCCCAGUUCUUCCAGCGCCAGUCCUGUGAGAAGGGCGAGCACGCUGAGAAGCUGAUAUGCCUGCAGAACGAGCGCAGCGGCCACCUGAGCGUCUGCGACAUCAGGAGGCCCGGCCGCAAUGACUGGGGGAACUGCGUGAUGGCCAUAGAGUAUGCCUUGGGCCUGGAAAAGUGGGUCAACCAGAGCCUGCUAGAUCUGCACCGCCUGGCCACCGACAAGAGCGACACGCACCUGUGUGAUUUCCUGGAGUGUCACUAUCUGCACCAGCAAGUCAGGUCCAUCAAAGAGCUGGGGGACCAUAUCAGCAUCCUGCGCAAGAUGGGAGCCCCAGAAGCCGGCCUGGCUGAGUACCUCUUUGACAAGCUCACCCUGGGCAACAGUGACAAGAACAGAGCUUGGAUGGCCUACCCUGCAGCCAGGGAAACUGUGAUUUUAGAAAAUGAUCUCAAGACACUCAGUGCACAGUUGCCCUGGGUUUCCUGCCCCACCAAGGCUGAACGGGAUAGGACCUAG